UCUAAGAUGGAGUUACCGGAGUUCAUUACGUUUGGAAAUGUUUUCCUGGCUAUAGUUUUCAUCCUGAUUCUUAACCAAAUGAUUGAACUCUAUCAGUUAAGGAACAUGCCGCCGGGACCUCGUUUGACAUCUUUGCCUUUUAUCGGUAAUAUGUUAAGCUUUGAUUCUGGAGAAAGCUUUGGCGAAGUCACAAGGAGGUUUGUUCACUCUGCUAUUCAUAAUGUUUCUAGUUUUGAACACGGCUAAGUCGACCGCGCAGUCUUCCUUUUCGUGCUAUUAUCUGUAUACAGCAUUUGAAUUUAUCAAGUGGUAGCGAAUGCUCAUCUAUUUAGUAGUUUUACACAAGCCGCUAGCGCCGGGAAAGUAGACAAAUAAUAUUGCAAUGUUGGAGCCUCCAUCAUGAUAUUUUGAGCGGCGUGACGCUAAGAAAGUAGAAAUGUUAAUGAGGUUGAACGCCAGGGCUACCCAAGGAGAGCAUUUUAUCUAUGAAUGAUAAAUGAACGAUAAAGAGGAUACUGCAAAGAUAAGAAUGGUUAAAAUUUUCAUAACGUUAGCAAAAGUGGUGGCUGUUUGAUUACCUCGUUUUUUUUUUUUUUUUUUAAGAAGACUUUAAGUUUCACAAUUUUCUCACGAAAUAUGAUUAAAAUUACUAGGCGAGUGAUAAGUUCACAAUUAGCCACCAUUUUUGGAUUAGUAAUGGUGUAGAAAGGAGUUUAAAAACAUAUGACUUGUCCAGUGGUUAUAGAUCCCCCUUCAAAUAACAAUAUUGUACUCAGAGGUUACUUCGCCUCUAUCAACUAUCACGGGAAAAAAAAUUAUUCUCGCGCUCAAAGCCCAAUUGUUAAAUAGAACAAUUAAAAGGAAAAAAACAAAUGAAAGCAACGAAAAAUAAUCAAACUAUAACAAAAUAAAACUUUAUAUUGUUUUACAGUAUCUACGCGAUUUGCCUUACGGUUGAAUGUUACCUUCUGAGGGAACAGGUUAAUGCAAACUAAUGAGGUACUUUGCUUUCUCUUCUCUAUUACAAAGCUUGAGGAAGAAAUAUGGAAAGUUGUACUCAUUGAAAAUCGGAAGUUUUAAGACCAUAUUUGCUGAAGACGCCGCUUCAGUUAAGGAAGUGCUCGUGAAUAAAUCUGCCGAUUAUGCCGGGAGACCUCCAUUUCAUAGCUUUCAGAUGACUACUCUUGGUAUGUGCUGAAAACAUUUUUUAUCUACGAAAUAGUUUAUAGCGGUUCUUAAGCCUAGCUCCGCGGAAUAUAGUCACAUUUGAGAGAACUACAAAAUAUCAAAUAAAUGGUUUGGAAGAACUUUCCGCCAAUAUCUGCAAGGAAAUUUUCAACUUUGAACCGAAAAUUCACAUUGGCUUUUCACCCACAUGGCCGUCAUGCUCACUAAAAAUUUGAAGCAUUAUCGAAUUUUUCCGUAAAAAAGUUUGCACCAGCUCAAAGCAUGGUUAGUUAUCUAAUUGCUUAUAAUCUAGUAAGGUUUGACUCUAAUCGGUGUCGCGAUUACACGCGUAAUUAGUUAUUUUCUUUGACUUUUUAUUUUUUUCCAUGCACUUUUUCUUUUUAAUGUGAGAUGCAGAGGUUUGCCUUCAGGCGAAAUUGCUAUUUUUAAUACUUGAUCAAGGAUAAAUGCCAACUUGCUUUGUAGGUGGGAAGGAUAUUGCACUCGGAAAUUACGGUCCUGCCUGGAAGUUUCAUCGCAAGCUCUUCAUGACAGCCGUGCGAAGGUACAUCUCGGAUCAGCAGCUGAUUGAGCGCAGAAUGUCUGAGCAAGCAACGAGGUUGCUACGAUACUUUGAAGAUCAAGAAGGAGCUGCUUUUGACCCCUCACAAAUUGUGACGGAGAGCGUUGCAAAUGUGAUUUGUCGAAUAGCAUUUGGAGAGCACUUUGAUUCGUCUCAUACGGAUUUUCAGGAACUGCUGCAAUUAAAUAUAAGUGUCUUCACUGAUGAUGAAAUGAAUAUUCAGGUCUUUGCAUUAGAUCAAUUCCCUGUAGCCAAAUUCUUUCCAUUCAAAGCCUACCGGAAAAUGCAGAAGAUUUUCGAUCGAAUCUUUGAAAUUCUGCGUAGUCAGCUCAGGGAGCAGGAAACAGCAUUCGAUCCAAAAGCAGCGGUUGAGAGCCUCACUGGUAGUCUCUUAAAGGAGAGGAUUGCUGCCGAGAAUGAGGUAGGUGCCGAAGAGAAAGCAUCCCUCUUGUCAGAUGACUACAUAAUUAACGCUUUGGAGGAUAUGUUCAGCGCUGGUUACGAGACCACGAGCACAACCCUUCGUUGGGCCAUUGCAUACCUUGUCCACCAUCCUGAGUGCCAAAGGGAGAUACAACGUCAGCUCGAUGAGGUGGUUGGAAAGGACCGGAUGCCAGGCCUGGAUGAUCGUCCAAAUCUUCCACAGGUACAGGCCACUAUCAUGGAAUCACUGCGCCUCGGGAAUGUCGUCGAAGCUGCACUUCCUCACUACACUUUGAAGGACACCACACUUGCUGGUUACCGUGUUCCAAAGGAUACUGUAGUUGUUGCCAACUUAAUGGCUGUUCACAUGGAUCCAAGCUGUUGGGAGAAUCCAGCUGCAUUCAACCCUCGCCGCCAUAUUGAUGCUGAUGGCCAACUUAUUACCAACUCUGGAAACUUUUUGCCCUUUUCCGCUGGACGCCGAGUCUGUGCUGGCGAGGCACUUGCCAAGGUAUCAUUCAUCAUUUGCUCUGAAUCAGGCAUUUUCUUCUAAAACUGACGGGCUGAAGUGUUAAGAGGUGUUACCAUUUGACUGAUACAAUAAUAAUAAUAGUAAUAGUAAUAAUUUUUUACAAUGAAUUUUUUUUUUAAUUUGAAAAUAUGUAAGUGAUUUACAGAAAAAAUUUGAAGUAAGAAUCUCUAUAAAACAUUAAGAAUCAUGUAAAUCAUAAAAAAAUACAAUCAUGUAUUGCUCAGAUGCGAUCAGUAACUCUUGCAAGGAGUCCGGUGUUUUGAUUUAAAUCAUGACAAAAGAAAAUUAUUCGUCUCUGGUAUGAAAAGAAACAAGUUUAAAAAAAAUCUCGAAUUCCUAAAAUCAAAGAUUAAUUCAGGCAAGCUCUGAUAUUUUCGAUCUGUAAAUCUGAGUCAACAAUGAUAAUAACAAUAAUAGUAAUAACGACAAUAGCAACAAUGAUAAUAAUAAUUAUGAUGCCAUUAUUAAUAAUAACCUCUCUGUAAUGGUAGGAUACCUUGCUCCAGAGUAAUAUAGUUAGUUCAAGUUAUACGCAGGCAACGCAGUUUGAUGAGUCUACACCGCUUUUAUCUUACAGGUCGAGUUGUUCAUUUUCCUGUCCUGGAUGUUGCACAAGUUCACAUUUUUACCGCAAGAGGAUGGUGUUCUUCCCGAUAUCAAAGGAGUUAACAGGUUUACCCGGUUUCCAGCACCUUUCCAGAUCAGAGCUGUAAAACGUCAAUGAUAGCUAGUUGUCAGAAAAACCCUCACGAAGUUGUACUAGCUCAGGACUUAUUUCAAAGAGUACGAGCGAUUAGUGUUUUGUUUUUGUUUCGUCCUGAGGGUCUUAUUAUUUACCAAAUAAAUCGAAAAUAAAGGAAAAGA